GUACUUCGUUUUCACAUCGAUCCUCAACUCAAAGAAAACAUCGCGCAUUGGGACUAGAAUGACUCAACCACGACCAAGCUUAAUACCACCCAAUCGUUCUCCAGAAGAUGAAUCAGAACCAAUCCCUUCCCCAGCUCAAAUGUGGGAUGAAACAACUACAUUAGUUCAAGAUACAACAGAAGUCAUCAAGGAAGGUAUAGAAGAAGAUCCUGAACUAGUUUAUCAAGCACUCAAUCAAACCUUUAAAUGGUUAGAAAGAUGUCGAGAAAAAUUAGAAAAUGGGAGGAAUGAGAUGAAUCGAUUCGAGCGUCAAGCUGAAGCUAAACAAGAGGCUUUGGAAAAGAUGAAAGCUAACUCAGUGGUGAGAGAAACUCAAACCGAGAUUUACGCACUCGAACAGGAUUCGUAUGAAGAGGCGAGAAAGUUAAAAGAGCUUGAUAGUAAUGUAGGGGUCACCAAGGCUCAAAUCGCUCGUUUGCAAGCUGAGUGCGAACAACUUGAACACUAUGAGCCUAGUCGGUCCGGUGACUUUGUCUUUGGUACUUCAUUAUUGAAAACCAAACUUAAUCAUGAACUCGGGUUUGUACAAGUACCGCGCCGGACCACAUCUGAAAAACCCUCUGACAAAUUAUUUCUGCGGUGCGAUUUACAUCCUGAAUCUUCACGAGUAGUCCGGAAAGCUGAAAACAAUCGAGAUGGAUUUGUCUUGGGUAAUCAACUAUGGGAUUUGAUUUCACCUUGAGUCGAGUAAAUCCGCCAUUUCGACAACUUGUAAAUCAGGACCUGUACUUUUGGAGUCUAUGCUCAUAUUGUAAUUCUACUCCGGGAUUUAUAUUCUCAAGAACGAAGGCGUCGGUGUCUAUUCUAAUACUUCAGUUCAUCGCAUUGCUUGACCAGAUAGGUUCACUAGGCGUGACCGGCCUGUAAAGCAAACAAUCAAGACGUCAAUUUUCUAAUAAUCCUUUACAACGUGCU